UUCAGCGUUGUAUGGAGCAUCCGCGUUGAACAGGUUAACAUAUUCUUUGCUGGCCGAUUAUGACGUUGACUGAAAAUGACAGCCGACCAAUGCUGUCAGAGAGCUGAGGUCACGAGGUUACAUCGUCCACUGUAUCAAUUAAUUUAAAUUCUAGUUUCGAGAGUGCUUUCUUAGUUUAGUUUUCUACCAGGCGGAAAAAAAAAUUGUCUUUUUUGAAGACCAUCUGUUUAGUUCAGCAGUAAUCGCUAUUGGGAGAAAAUAAGAUAAAGGCAAUCUGGUGGGUGUAGGAAGGACUGUUCACUCACCCGUGUAGCAAGAAAUAAAGAACUGUUGACUGGAAAAUGACGAAGACAGAAUGGGAUGGAAGAAACAAAUUUUAUGUGAAGAAAAUUCGCCUUAAAAAUGCUUUAAUUGGUUUGAUAAUACUUCUUCUCCUUGCCACAUUUAUAGCAGUACCACUUGCUAUAAUUUAUUGGCCCCAAACUCCGCCAUUGCCGAUGGGAGAAAAGGACCGAAUAGAGUGUCCUCUAUCGGUUCCAGGCAAUAUAACCGAAUGUGAAAACCGAGGGUGUAUAUGGUCUGAGGCCUCUGCUGCUCCUAACUGCUAUAUGCCGAAAAAUAUUCGACGAUUUAAUGUCACCAAGACAACUGAUCUACCAGAUGGCUUUAAGAUAACAUUGACGUAUACGGGAUUGCAAGACGUCUAUAGCCCUAGCCUUCCGACAGUAGUUUUUGAAGUAGACUACCUCAACGACAACGUUGUUCGUUUUACAUUUCAAGACGAAGCCAAGCAGCGUUACAAAGUUCCAGUAGAAUCGGAAGAAUUUAAUGUUCCUCAGCUUAGACGAAAAGGCAACAAAAACAGGAUGUAUGAGGUCGUUGUAGGAGAUUAUGAAAAUUCUUCUUUUAGUUUUAAAAUACAACGGAAGAACUCUACAAUACUAUGGGAUACCACAAUCGGAGGUUUCGUAUUUGAGGAGCAGUUUUUACAAAUUGCCACAUACUUGCCGUCAGAAAAUAUCUACGGGUUUGGAGAGAACCCUCACCAAAGUUUUCGUCACGACCUGAACUACCAGACUUGGCCGUUGUUUGCUAGAGACGAACCGCCUAGUGACGGGAACAAAAACCUCUAUGGUGUUCAUCCUUUUUACACUUGCUUGGAGAACGCGGAGGGAAAAUCUCAUGGCGUUUUGUUACUCAAUAGUAAUGCUAUGGAAUACACACUGUUGCCUUUCCCAGGACUUUCUUAUCGCACGAUUGGGGGAAUUUUGGAUUUCUUCAUGUUUAUUGGAGAUUCCCCAGAACAUGUUAUUCAGCUAUAUACGGAACUGAUAGGUAGACCUAUGAUACCACCGUACUGGGCCCUUGGAUUUCAGCUUUCUCGCUAUGGUUACGAAAACAUCACCAACCUUCAAAAAGCUGUGGAAAGGACUCGUAAUGCACACAUUCCUCUAGAUGUUCAGUAUGUAGAUAUUGACCAUAUGGAAGAUAACAAAGUCUUUACAGUGGAUUCAGAAAGAUUUCCAGAUCUUGACUCAUAUGUUCAACAGGAGCAAAAGAACGGACUGAGAUGGAUCAUUAUUUUGGAUCCAGCUCUUUUGGCCAACGACUCUAAUUACUCACCGUAUACUUCCGGCUUAAAGAAUGAUAAAAAUGUUUAUAUCACUUGGCCGGCAGAUGUCCCUCUUGACAGUAGAAAAAACCCAGAGGACGACGGUUUAGACCUUACGAAAGAUAUAAUUUUUGGAAAGGUUUGGCCAAUUGGUCCAGUUGCUUUUCCGGAUUUUUUAAAGCCCACAACCAAACAGUGGUGGGAAGAACAAAUAGUAAAGUACAGAAACAAAACAGAAGCUGUGAAAUUUGAUGGUUUGUGGAUCGACAUGAAUGAACCUGCCAAUUUUGGUACCAACCGUGAAGAGCCAUGGUAUUGUAGUGGAAAAUGUUGGAGUCUACACUGUCCGUACAAUGAAUAUGAUAAUCCCCCCUAUGCUACAGGUAGAAAACCAGUCGAAGAACGGGAACACAGCAAUUCAUUACCUGACGAGAAAAUAUCCAAUGAAACAACGGGAACGGGAUACAGUGAUUCACCACCUGACGAGAAAAUAGCCAAUGAAACAACGGGAACGGGAUACAGUGAUUCACCACCUGACGAGAAAAUAGCCAAUAAAACAACGGGAACGGAAUACAGUGAUUCACCACCUGACGAGAAAAUAGCCAAUAAAACAAGGAGACAGGGUGAUUCAGCGAGUUCAUCCCAAUUUGUGGAAGGUAACUAG